CUUUAUAUACUAGUGGCUUUGUUAGUGAUGAUUAUAAUUAUUAUAUUAUCCCAUUCUACAUAUGAAUGGUGAGGAUCGACUUCGGAUGUAUUUUGUCAGUGCAACUAUAAAAAAGUAUACAGAAGUCAUUGAAUACUUUUGCAUUUGAUUAGUUGGAAUUUUUGGAAUUCAAAUAAAUCGUUAUUUUUCAACUAAAAUGGGGCUGUUAUCAAUUCUUCGUAAAAUACGUUCAUCUCCUGAUAAAGAAUUGCGUAUAUUACUUUUGGGCUUGGAUAAUGCUGGAAAAACAACUCUUUUAAAAACACUAGCGUCCGAAGACAUAACAACUAUAACACCGACCGCUGGUUUCAACAUCAAGUCUGUAAUGUCCGAAGGAUAUAAAUUGAAUGUUUGGGAUAUUGGCGGAGCACGAAAAAUACGACCAUAUUGGAGGAACUACUAUGAAAAUACAGAUGUUUUGAUUUAUGUAGUUGAUGCGGCUGAUAUACAAAGAUUAGAAGAAACUUCAUUGGAGCUAUUAGAAUUGUUAGAAGAUGAAAAACUACAAGGUGUACCAGUAUUAGUUUACGCAAAUAAACAAGACUUAAAUGAAGCUGUGUCAGCAGCUGAAAUUGCCCAGGCCUUAGCAUUACAUCAAAUUAAAAAUCGUGCUUGGCAAAUACAAGCAUGUUCGGCUAAAACUUCCACUGGAAUUAAAGAAGGAAUGGAAUGGAUAUGUAAAAGUAUCAAAAAGAAAUAAAAUAUUUUUAUUACAAUGAA